AUGGGAACGUCCUUCCAAAGCCUUUGCUUUACUCUCGUCUUGGUCUUGGCCAUCGCUGGAGAGGCACAUGCAUUCGGAGCUGGCAAUAUCGCGUCGUUAUCACGCAUUGAGGGCCAGAAUUGGCGUCAUGGCGAUAUCGAAGACGCUCUUUUAACCCUAUUCUUGGCGCGCAUUGCCGGUGGCAAAAAGUUCAGCAAGCUCGAUGUGCAGCGUGUCUAUUUUGGAAACUGGCUUCGCGACUAUAGCCAAGCUGUUGAUAUUGGCACUUUGAAAUAUGUUAGUGCCGAGGCUAUUCGCAUCCUCAUCUGGGUCCUGGGAUUCAUGACGUUUGGUUAUGGUACCAAUGAAUUCGAAGUGACGACUGAGCGACUUGGAUGCUAUCAGCCCACGGAGCACAUCGAUAACCCUCUCGGUUAUGGUGAAGGCCUCGACGGUCGAGACUAUGAUCGCAGGUUGAGAGGCCCCGUUGAUGAGGAGCGGGAACUAGCAAUUGACCCCAGAACGGGCCUCAAAAGCUACAUAGCCUCUGAGGAUUUGGACAUUGCGACGUCGGCUGGCUUGGUACGUCGAGUUUUCCGCCGGUCCAUCGAACUGGGCCGUCGAUACGCAAGGUCGAACAACCAAGACGAUCUCCAUGAAGCUCUUCGACUGCUCGGUACAGGAUUGCACUGCCUGGAAGAUUAUGCCGCGCACUCCAAUUACACGGAGCUCAGCUUAAUUGAACUCGGUGAAACUGACGUUUUCCCUCACGUUGGCCGUAACGUUAUGCUGGAAAUUGAAGGCGCACGAGAUCCCGUUUACCCAAUCGUCACCGGCACCUUUGGUGGUGUUGACUUUUUCCACUCGGUGCUUGGUGAGGUAUCUGACAAGGUCACCCAGUCGGAACUCCAGACCUUGGAGGGCGUCAUCUCCGAUUCUCAGGGCGAAACGCCCUCCCAGAGUCUUCUGAAGGACCUCCUUAGUAAAAUCCCCGAUGGAUUACUUGCAGAUAAGGACAGCGAUGCAGAGAAAGUGGAUGGAUUUAAAGCCAAGGCAGAUGAUGCUAAGCAACACAAUGAACAGAUCAGUCCCCGCGAGCCCGAGGAAUGGACCCAGUUUCUGAACGAUGUGCAACGACAAAUCUAUCCGGUGUUAGAGUGGCACGAUGAAUUGAUCAAGGCAAUCAACAAAGCCAUCGAGAAUAUCCCUGUUCUACCCGACCUGAUUGAACAGGUCCAAGACCAAAUGAACAUUUUUGUCUUCUCUGUCCUUGCCCCUUAUGUCCUUCCGAUCAUCACGCAGAUCAAAACCGAGCUCCAAACAGGCUCCUCUGAAGUGAUUCAAAGCAGCAGAGAGCAGCAGCAUAUUGUAUUCAAUGAUGAUGAUUCGUCUAACCCCACACAUUCGAUGCUUUCAAAAGAUCAUUUCUCCAACGUUCUCAACGAACCAGCCGGUCGUAUAGCUUCCCAGGUCGUCAAGUGGACUGUCCCCCAACUAAUGGAAUGCUGGGACAACGAAGAUAUCGACAUCAGGCGGACUUUGGAUAGAAUCGUGACUGGGGUCUUCCACCAUCCCGCACAGCGCGAGUUUGGAAGAGAUGGGGCAGCGGAUAUGCAUGGUAUUAUGUUUGGAACUGUGGAAGAAUGGUGGAACGAAAAAAGUGAUCGCGAGCGAGACUCGCUCCGUGAGCAGCUGUCUCGCCACGGGGUCCUCGAGGGCAGAAACCAUAAGGAGGGCGUCCAUGACUCCGGGCACGGAUGUGGUAAGCCGUUGUCCUUACCCAAGAAACGUGGUGGCUCUGGUAAUGCCAGCUCUGGCGGAAACCAUUCACCUGUUGAUGGUAUUGGCAAGGUUGCUGCAGAUGCUGCAGGAGGCGGCGCUAUUGGGGGUUUGGUCGGCGGACUUGUGGGCGGCAUCGGUUCAAUGCUCUUGGACAAUGAUUCGAAGGAAGAUGGAGGCUUCGAAACUGGUAGACACGAGCAUAGCUCGUCCACCUAUGGACAUUCCGAGAAGCACUAUCAUCAGGAACACCGACGUCAUAAAUCUCGGGAAGAUUACCGGUCCGAAAGCCACUCGUCACAUGCAAGUAGACAUGACUAUGGACAUGAGCAGAACUCACACCCGAGGAAAGAUGAUUACCGUCACGAAUCUCGGGACGAUCGUCCAUCGGCCGACAAUUGGAGACGGGAAGAAUACCGUGAGCGCCAAUCCCGGUUUGGGGAAGAGGGUGGUGGAAAUGAAUAUUCACGCUCGGAAACGGAGACAUACAAGACCCAACAUGGAGGGCAUAGUGGAUACAUUGCAUCGCAUCACGAGUCCAGUAACAGCCGCCCGUCUUACGGGUAUGGUAAUGAAGGAAGUGGAUAUGGAGGAUAUGAAAGGCGUGGACCGUGA